ACGUUUGACAACAAACUUGCGGCGUGAAUUAUUCAUUCCAUCACUGGACGCUGCUCAAGUGGGCUGGUCUUCCAUCCCACAUAUUUAUUCUUCCAACACUCAUAGAAAAUUUAGCACCAGAAUCAUCACAUAUCAUAUCUGUGAUAAAGAGCAAUCUUCACAUAGCAGUAAGAGUCGUUCGUUUCAUAUGCGCAACAAAGCGCUUAAAAUUCAUCUCAUGCGUAAGUAGCUAGCACUUAAACCAGCCGCCAGUGUCCACAUUGACCUACAUAUCGAUCGGAAUGGAGAAGCGAAAGUCUGAUAGAAAGAAGCGAGAUGAAUCAAUACCGGAACCGGAACCAUCCGCUGCCAAGGUGGACGAAAAGGAUCAAGUGAAUCAAGUGGUUCAGCGAGUAGAGGAGUUGAACUGCUUCUUCGAUCUGCGGACGAAGCGUGGCCAGAUACUGUUCUUUACGGUGACCAUACUGUCAGCCACCCUGACGCAAUGUCUUCCAAAGGACGCACUGUCGAAUAUUUUUCCGUUGAAGGAGCCCCGUACCAAUAAUCAGUAUGAUCAAACAGUACAAUGUAAACCAGAAGUGAAAAUUGUGGAGAAAGUGGUGCCAGAGAAGGAUGAAAGCCGGCCAAAGUAUUGGAUCUAUGGUCGGAAUCCCGGUGGCGAUCACUUACUGCACGUGAAGAAUGUCUUACAGAGAUUUGGGGUUGACCAAGUCAGCAAUGAUACCGAGGAUUGGGAUCUGUUAUGGGCUCAUGACUAUCCUUUCAGGAAGGUAAACUUGUAUCGUUUGAAACCACAUCAAUUGGUGAAUCACUUCCCCGGAUCGGGGUAUGUAACGAAUAAGGUCGACCUGUCGACAACUGAGAUGAAGUACAUUCCGAAAGCAUUUAAAUUGCCGAGCGAGGAAGAUAAGUUCAGAAAGUAUGCUCAAGAAAAUCCAAACAAGAGGUUCGUUCAGAAGAACAACCAACAUCGACAUAUCCAAAUAAAGAAAGUUGAGGAAAUUGACUUCGACAGCAACGAUACCUUCAUCCAGGAGUUUAUCGACGAUCCACUCUUGGUAGCUGGCUACAAAUUCGACAUUGGAGUGUACACGGUCAUCACCUCGAUCGAUCCGCUUCGAGUCUACAUCUACAAAGGAGAUAUCCUGUUUCGCUACUGUCCUGUCGAGUACUAUCCAUUCGAUCCGCAGAAUCUGGACAAAUACAUAGUGGGCGAUGAUUAUCUACCGACUUGGGAGGUCCCCGCAUUGAAACCAUUCUACACGAAGCAAGGCUUCGGCAUGAAGGAAUCAUUUGAUGCGUACAUUCGAAACACUGGACGUGAUCCAUCGACCAUCUGGGAGCAAGUCGAAGACGCCAUCCGUCUAGCUAUCCUCAAAAAAGAAUCUCUAAUUGCCGGCGUCCUGCCACGGUACGCCAGCAAACGUAACUUUUUCGAAAUGAUGCGCUUCGACCUGGUCGUGGACAACAAUCUGCGCGUAUUUCUCAUGGAAGCCAACAUGAGUCCGAAUCUCUCGUCGGCGCACUUCAAGCCAAAUCGACUGCUGUACGAACAAGUGAUCUACAACUUCCUGCGAAUGGUCGGAGUGGGAUCGGAUCUUCGGAGAGAAUCUUUCCGGAAGCGCUCGACCGACACCGAAGCGAUGGUGUCUUCUCUCAAAAACAUCGUUGUGGAUGCGAAUCGCUGUGCGGAAGCGCCUUGCCUAGAGUCAUGUGCCCCGGAGGAGUGUGCACUCUGCGUCAGUUGUCUCAACGGAGGAGAUUUGAGGGAACUGCAUGCCGCGUACAGGGAACACCUGAAUCGAGGAGAUAUGAAGCGAAUUUUUCCAGUGCCAAAAGCGGACCAGCGUAUAUUCGAGCCGCAUUCGGAGGACCUGAGUACGAAGAACCGGUGGAUGAGCCGCUGGUUCGAUGCAAAAUGCGAGAUGGACCGAUCGUACUGCUUUUAGAGACAUUCCAGUUUAGGAUCUUAAGACCAUUCCCAGUUCAAACACGUACUUACAUUAGGUUAAGAUGUUUUAACUUACGCGUAAGGAUUAGAAUAUUGUUGAUUAUUAUUAGCAACGAACGAAAAUAAACAUAUCAUGGGAAAAGGUUGUUGGAUUA